GCAUGGAGUAGCAUGGAGUGCAUGGAGCGCAGAGCUUUAAGGGGCGCAAGAAGCUCCCCCUUUAGCUCCAUGCUACUCCAUACGAUCCAUGCGCUCCAUGCCAUGCGAGCUGUGGAGCCUCAUAUUUAUAAGUUGCUCUGUUAUUCGAGUGUCUAACUCAUCGAUCUAUUGCCAGUGACUUGUACAAGUUCGGCCUUCUCCUCGAAGAACCAGCUUCAAAAGUCCAAUAUUUUGCACGUUUGCGGUAUGAAGCAUGUAGACUAGUUUAUGGAGAGUCUGAUGAAAAGACGCAGCAAAUCAAGUCGUUCAUCACGAGACCGCAUGAUGCGGAUGCAAUGAUGCGGGAGCAGCUCAUGCUAGACUCAGACAAUUGUAUGACCCUCGAUCGAACCCGCGAGACGCUACAGGACGGACACGGCCGUCGCUAGAAAUCCAGCAAGUGUGCAAGCACAAAUGCAUCCGAGGACAAUACUCGACUGACGAUAGAAGAAGGGACGCGUGAUUUUGAUUGCUGAUGAUACGUAUUCGAGAAAUGCCAUUCCAUGCGUGCCUGCUACAUAUCGGAAUCCCGUUUUUCCCGAGUUCGAAUACUGAUAAGAUAAAUUGCAAGUUCACAAGUGCUGUGACAUUGCUUCCCAGCGCACAUGCUGGCAGAGGCCGAAGCAGGGUUGUUCACAGUCAUCUUUUUUUGCAUGCCCCUUUCGCGGUGCAGUACGGUAGGGAUGCAUCAUCAACGCUCUCUGCAUUCACAGAUGGGGUCGCGAUGUUGGGCACCUUGUUUCUCACCCCUUGUUGCGCGGCCGUACAGAGCCGGCUCGGUUUUGUCGCGUUGUUUGGGUUGCUCGCCAGUCUCCUCUCGGUCGGGACGCUGCUUUCUGUGCAGUAUUACAGAGACCUCGCAGAACAAGUCGUAUCGGAUGGCGCAACAGAUGAGAAAGUGUCGGAAGCUGGCCACGAUGCUGCCCUAAUCCAACAAGAACUUAACGCAACUGGAACCGCGCGGCUGUAAACCGUCGGGCAUUUUUUUUAUUGCGGGUGUGUGACAGGCUUGGCGUAACGCGUGACAACAAACCUAGCUUGCAGUAGACCCAUCGCCUGCUCGGCGGAAGAGGGGCACUUGGCUGACACUAACUACCUUACGCUCCCGCCCGCGCGUAAGGCUGAAGCUUUUCAGCGUUAGUCUUACCCUUAGCCCGUGCCUAGCUCUAUCGCGUGUCAGUUUUCUAAGCCAGAAAGUGUAGACACCAUGCGCCAGCAUUCGCGUGGUUCUGAAUCUUGUCCAAUGCUUGGCUCGUACGUAGUACGACUUAAAAUGGGAGUCACGAAUGAGCGAGGGUUUGCUUUACGAUCCACGUUUGAAGCCCAUCAAGUAAAAGAAAAGUUAUGGCACCAUCGUGCCUUUCUAGUGCUCUCGUGUUCCAUUUCCGAU